UGACUAAUUGGGAUAGGAGAGGCCGAGGUGAGGGCUGGAGGAACGCACAAAGGAGUCGCUGGGCGGAGAAGGGAGGGGAGAGGCGAGAGGAGGAGGAAGAAGAGGAGAGAGGGCAAGCAGCGCGCGGUGUCUCCCGCGGCUCAGUCGGACCGCGGCGAGCUAGCCGGCAGGCGCGCCGCCCCCCUCCCCCGCCCGGCCCGGCGGCCAGCAUGCGGCCCCGCAGCGCCCUGCCCCGCCUGCUGCUGCCGCUGCUGCUGCUGCCCGCCGCCGGGCCGGCCCAGUUCCACGGGGAGAAGGGCAUCUCCAUCCCAGACCACGGCUUCUGCCAGCCCAUCUCCAUCCCGCUGUGCACGGACAUCGCCUACAACCAGACCAUCAUGCCCAACCUUCUGGGCCACACGAACCAGGAGGACGCGGGGCUGGAGGUGCAUCAGUUCUACCCGUUGGUGAAGGUGCAGUGCUCCCCCGAACUGCGCUUCUUCUUGUGCUCCAUGUAUGCACCCGUGUGCACCGUGCUGGAGCAGGCCAUCCCGCCGUGCCGCUCCAUCUGCGAGCGCGCACGCCAGGGCUGCGAGGCGCUCAUGAACAAGUUCGGCUUCCAGUGGCCCGAGCGUCUGCGCUGCGAGCACUUUCCGCGCCACGGCGCCGAGCAGAUCUGCGUGGGCCAGAACCACUCUGAGGACGGCACGCCGGCGCUGCUCACCACCGCGCCUCCGCCGGGCCUGCAGCCGGGGGCCGGGGGCACCCCGGGCGGCCCGGGCGGCGGCGGCUCUCCUCCGCGCUACGCCACGCUGGAGCACCCGUUCCACUGCCCGCGCGUCCUCAAGGUGCCGUCCUAUCUCAGCUACAAGUUCCUGGGCGAGCGCGACUGCGCGGCGCCCUGCGAGCCCGCGCGGCCCGACGGCUCCAUGUUCUUCUCGCAGGAGGAGACGCGCUUCGCGCGCCUCUGGAUCCUCACCUGGUCGGUGCUGUGCUGCGCCUCCACCUUCUUCACUGUCACUACGUACCUGGUGGACAUGCAGCGCUUCCGCUACCCGGAGCGCCCCAUCAUCUUUCUGUCCGGCUGCUACACUAUGGUCUCGGUGGCCUACAUCGCGGGCUUCGUGCUCCAGGAGCGCGUCGUGUGCAACGAGCGCUUUUCCGAGGACGGCUACCGCACGGUAGUGCAGGGCACCAAGAAGGAGGGCUGCACCAUCCUCUUCAUGAUGCUCUACUUCUUCAGCAUGGCCAGCUCCAUCUGGUGGGUCAUCCUGUCGCUCACUUGGUUCCUGGCGGCCGGCAUGAAGUGGGGCCACGAGGCCAUCGAGGCCAACUCGCAGUACUUCCACCUGGCCGCGUGGGCCGUGCCGGCGGUCAAGACCAUCACGAUCCUCGCCAUGGGCCAGAUUGACGGCGACCUGCUGAGCGGCGUGUGCUUCGUGGGCCUCAACAGCCUGGACCCGCUGCGCGGCUUCGUGCUGGCGCCGCUCUUCGUGUACCUGUUCAUCGGCACGUCCUUCCUCCUGGCCGGUUUCGUGUCCCUCUUCCGCAUCCGCACCAUCAUGAAGCACGACGGCACCAAGACGGAGAAGCUGGAGCGGCUGAUGGUGCGCAUCGGCGUCUUCUCGGUGCUCUACACCGUGCCUGCCACCAUCGUCAUCGCCUGCUACUUCUACGAGCAGGCCUUUCGAGAGCACUGGGAGCGCUCGUGGGUGAGCCAGCACUGCAAGAGCCUGGCCAUCCCGUGCCCCGCGCACUACACGCCGCGCAUGUCGCCCGACUUCACCGUCUACAUGAUCAAAUACCUCAUGACGCUCAUCGUGGGCAUCACGUCGGGCUUCUGGAUCUGGUCCGGCAAGACAUUGCACUCGUGGAGAAAGUUCUACACCCGUCUCACCAACAGCCGGCACGGCGAGACCACCGUGUGAGGGGUUGCCCCUGCGCCGCGUCCCCCGGAGGGCCCCGCACGGUGCUUGCCUCUGCGGGGG